AUGGCCAUUGCUGCCAGUGCCCAGAACAAGCUCCCAACAAGUCGUCUGAAAGGGAUUCUGGAACGCCUUGGUCGACAUACUGAGUCCAGUGCAAAGAAGCGGGGAGCCUGUUGUGAGAUGCUGGGCAGAGCGAGGACAGGGUUUGUGAUACUGACAGCUACCACGGUUGUGUUUUGUUAUUUUGUAUUGCAGCAUACCCAGGUUCUUCACUUGCAACAGAGACGAUGUCACAUCCAGGAGAGGAACAAGAGCUUACAGUCCGGGACCUGUAACAACACUGUAGUGGAAACAACUACGGAAACAAAGCGUGGGACGCGGGACUGUUGCACCAACUGUGAUAUGUAUGUCGGAGUGCGACCCUCGUGUAUCACCAGAAACUUUACUGGACCGUGGUGUCAAGUGAUCAGACAGAAACGAGGAUAUGCCAAGGUCAAGGUGGACUUGGCCAGUCGCAGCCUGGAGAUGUUGGAGAAACUGCACGGAGCUGACCUUGACCCAGGGGGACUGUACCGUCCUAGAGACUGUACCUCGUCACAGAGGGUUGGGAUCAUUGUUCCUUUCAGGGAAAGGAGUCUUCACUUGAAAGUAUUCCUUAACAAUAUUCACCCUUUUUUAAAGAAGCAGAGGAUCGAGUAUAUGAUAAUUGUUGUUGAACAGGCCCCUGGGUCCAGACUGAACAGAGGGAUGCUCAGAAACAUAGGAGUUAUUGAGGGAGAGAAACUCUGCAAGUUUGACUGCUAUUUCUUCCACGACGUCGAUAUGAUCCCCUUGAGUAAUCUAAACAUCUACACCUGUGGCAGCAAACCCCGCCACCACGCCGCUGCCCUCGCCCGCUGGAACUACGUAUUACCAUAUCAACAUAUCUUCGGCGGAGUCGUGAGUUUCACCACAGAAUUAUUCAAGAAAGUCAACGGUUACUCUAACAUGUACUUCGGCUGGGGAGGCGAGGACGACGACCUCUACAACAGAGUGAGGUACCACAAUAUGGACAUAGAACGAUAUCCGAUGAAAAUCUCACGAUACGGGGAUUUGAAACAUCACAAGAGCGUAGCGCAAAACUCAAGGUAUUCCUAUCUGAAGACGUGGAAGGCAAGGGUCGAGGUGGAUGGUCUGAACAGUCUGAAAUACAACCGACAUCUUGUGGAGUUCCGCAAGUUGUACACUUGGAUCUAUGUCGGGAUUAAUGAACAGGAGGUUCUUAUUUCUAUAUAAAAAUAUUUAAAAUGAUAAUAAAUAUUAGUUACAAAAUAUCCUUGUUGUAAUUAACGGACAAACCUGCAUGUCAUGGAGAUGAGGGAUGUAAUAGCGCGUACAUGAGUAAUGCAGUUAUGUAAAGAGUAAAGACCCUGCACGCGCGUGUAUGGGUGCGUGUGUGUGCGUGUUUGUGUUUGCCAGUGACUGUGCAUGUUCAAGGUUGGUUGCAUGUACCAUUUCACUUGUAUAAUAUUUACACUGUUUUGGACCCCACUCCUCCACUAAAAAUAGAA